AUCGUCUACAUCCAACGUGUGGAUUAGAAUUAGACAAUAAGCAAUGAGAUUAUUUUUAGCGCUAACUUUCGUGGCGGCAGUCACGGCUGAUGUGUCACACCUUUUCGCACAUAGUGAUAAUCUGCAGGAUGAUGGGUAUCACUACAAUAGGCCAAGUGGCGGAGCAGUUGUAGACGUCCCUGCUGGCCAUAGGCAUGCCGCCUCGGCUCCAUCUCCAUCAUACUCUUCAGGUUCAUUUGGUGGUUCAUCUUAUCAAAGUGGGUCAGCUCCAGCCAGUUAUUUUUCAGGAGGCUCGUCUUAUCAAGCUGCUUCAGCUCCUGCUGCUUCUUAUUCGCAUGGAGUGUCUCACCAAGCCGCCUCAGGUGGUUCAUCCUACCACGCUGCUUCAGCUCCGUCUGCUUCUUAUGCACCUGAUUCGUCUCACGUAGCUGCCUCAGCUCCUGCUGCAUCUUAUUCAAGUGGCUCAUCUUAUGGCUCUGCACCAGCCCCUGCUGCUUCGUAUUCUUCAGGUGCAAUUGGUGGUUCGUCUUAUCAAGCUGCUUCAGCUCCUGCUGCUUCUUAUUCGCAUGGAGUAUCUCACCAAGCCGCCUCAGCUCCUGCUGCAUCUUAUUCAAGUGGCUCAUCUUAUGGCUCUGCAUCCGCUCCUGCUGCUUCGUAUUCUUCAGGUGCAAUUGGUGGCUCGUCUUAUCAAGCUGCUUCAGCUCCUGCUGCUUCUUAUUCACAUGGAGUAUCUCACCAAGUCGCCUCAGCUCCUGCUGCAUCUUAUUCAAGUGGCUCAUCUCAUGGCUCUGCAUCCGCUCCUGCUGCUUCGUAUUCUUCAGGUGCAAUUGGUGGCUCGUCUUAUCAAGCUGCUUCAGCUCCUGCUGCUUCUUAUUCACAUGGAGUAUCUCACCAAGUCGCCUCAGCUCCUGCUGCAUCUUAUUCAAGUGGCUCAUCUCAUGGCUCUGCAUCCGCUCCUGCUGCUUCGUAUUCUUCAGGUGCAAUUGGUGGCUCGUCUUAUCAAGCUGCUUCAGCUCCUGCUGCUUCCUAUUCGCAUGGAGCUGCCUCAUCCCCUUCGGCAUCUUAUUCAGGUAGCUCAUCGUACCACGCUGCUCCAGCUUCAGCUGCCUCAGCUCCUGCUGGAUCUUAUUCAGGUAGCUCUUACCAUGCUGCCUCAGCCCCUACCACGUCUUACUCUCAUGGUUCCUCUCACCAAGCUGCCUCAGCUCCAGCUGCAUCUUACUCAAGCAGUUCAUCUCGCUUUUCCGCUUCUGCUCCAGCUGGUUCGUUCGGAGGCUCGUCUUACAAUGCCGCUCCAGCUGCCUCUGCCCCAGCUCCAGUUCACCGUUCUCCAGCUCCUGCCCGACAAGCAGCCGGCGCCAAAGACGAAAAUGGUUAUCAUUAUGAAGCUCCAAAAACUCCUUUUGAAAGCCGCCCGGAGCCAGUAAAAGAAUACUUACCCCCACCACCAACAAAACGACCACCACCCCCACCACCUCCACCAAAGCCAGCACCCAAACGCCCUUCUCCACCUCCACCACCACCAAAGGAAUACUUGCCUCCACCACCAACCAAUAAACCUGCUCCGCCGGCUCGCCCUCCACCUCCUCCACCAGCGCCAAAACGUCCACCCCCACCACCACCAAAGGAAUAUCUGCCUCCUCCCCCAACCAAUAAACCAGCUCCACCCGCACCAAAACGCCCCGCACCGCCACCACCACCACCACCACCACCCUCCCCACCAAAGGAAUACCUCCCACCAUCAUCUGGACCAAAAGGAUACUCCUACCCUAAUGACCCUCAGCCACCCUUCAGCUCCUAAGUGACUAGCAAACGAGACUUUUUCUAGUAUUAGCCAACUGCAAUAGAUGCUUUUUCGUUCAAGAUUUUUUUCCUUGUCUUUUCUAUGCAAAGACCUGAGAAAACAAUGGCGAUUGAAAUUAAUAAAGAUUAUAA